UUGCUAGGGUUGUAGUAUACGCGUACGUACUUUAGCAUUUGGGACUGGUGCAGCACAGUAUAUUAAUUAUUCCUCCAAACAGCUAGUUAGCUACAGCUUCAAUUAGCUCACCACCUUCGAGGUGCCUCUGUUCAGCUGUGCUGUGCUAUCCCCGGCAGCGCGCCAUGGAUCCCAACGGGGAGGGCGAUCUCGACCUCAACCUCUCCUUGCAGCCGUCCUUGGCGCCCGAGCCGGAGCCGCCGGGGUACUUCUCCUGCACCUACUGUGACAAGAAGUUCUACUCCUCGCAGGCGCUCGGCGGCCACCAAAACGCCCACAAGUUCGAACGCAGCGUUGCCAAGCGCGCCCGCGAGCUGGCCGCCGCUCGCCGGCACGCCGGCCAGGGCAGAGAUCGGGCCGACGAGGAGGCGAGGAGGGGGAAGGAAGAACCGGGCAUUGCUUCCCGGGUCUCGGCGGCGAGAUCCUCGCACCAGAUCGGGGCGUCGCCAGCACAGGCCAGCCGGGACCUCACCGACGAGAUCGACCUCUCCCUGAAGCUGUGAUUGGCUGCUCCUGCUGCUCACCGUCCUCGAGGUUCUUCCGCAGAAACAUAUGAGGAUUCAAUUAACCCUUUCCUGAGUUCUUGUUAUGUGUUUGUGCUCAUAAAUUAAGCUUCUGUUGAUUAAUUUCGGCAUUCAUCCAUCAAACUGAAAGCAAUUUCUUGUUGGUUUCCCUCGA